UUAGAUGAUGAUUAAUAACAGAAUAGUGAAAUUGGAACGCCCUGUAUCGUUGAGUAACAAUUAUAUACGUUUUAAUUACACAAACGAAACAUGCGUACCAUUUGAUAUUCUCACCAUAUUUAAUCAAGAUAAUUAACCAAUGAUGAUAAACUUUUUUUGUCCUUAAUACACUGAGCACUCAACUAAUUAGUGUCCUGUUUAUAUUUAUAGUGAUAGUUAUUUACUUAAACUUAUUGCUAUUUCUUGUAAUUAGUGAACUCACCUUAAUCCAUGGUAUCAGUGUUUAUAUUCAAUUGUUGAACAUUCACCUAGAUCACUAGAUCAGUUUAGUUUGAUCGAGGAUUUUACAAGAAAUAUUUUAUAGCUUCAUCCAUUUAUUAUAUCAAUUGACUUGUUAAUUUCUAAUUGUUACACAGCAACAAAAACUGCGGAAAGUCAAACUGUUCCAUUGACAGUCUUGGGUUCAUCAAGGUUACUUUAAUCAUCUUGAUUAAGUUCGUUCUUUGUUGAACUUUUCUUCUUUGGAUCUUUUCAUUUGGCAUCAACCAUUUUCAUGAUGGUUCCUGACACAGCCUCAUUGCGUUCGUACGUGCCCUCUUCUAGACCCGACAAACCAAUUUCGUGCCUUGUAUGUUCAGACAAAUCUUUUGGAAAUAAUUUUGGUGCCAUAACCUGUGAAUCUUGUAAGGCCUUUUUCAGGAGAACGGCAAAUGAACGUGAUCUGGCUUGUCCAUUCAACGAUAACUGUGAAAUUACGAUCGCAACUCGCAAACAUUGUCGCAAAUGUAGACUAGAGAAAUGUUUUGCUGUUGGAAUGAUAAAAGAAUGGAUUCAAUCUGAAGAGCAGUUGAAAAUUCGACGAGCGAUUUUAAAAGAACGUAAACUUCGACGAGAAAUGGGUACAAGUGGACAAUCGACUAAAAGGUUCAAAACAAACCCACCGAUUGGAACAGGAGGUGGAAGUGGUGCCACAAACAGUGUCGGAGGAAGUUCAAUUAGUGGAAAUAGUAAUAGUAGUUCCAACGCUGGAACUAAUCAUGAAAGGCGAAGCUCAAAUUGGCCAAGCACUAAUGUUAAUGGACAGAGUUUAGAUGGAUCAAGGGUCAAUAGACAAUGGCAAUCAACUACUUCAACUUCAGUAAACAUAAAUACAAAUGAUAAACCGAUUGAUAAUAAUAAUAGGCAAUCAGUGGCUCAAUUUUUUCAUAAGAUUUCUGAUCAGAACUUUUUUGCUCAUCUUGUGAAGGCAAAUGAAACUCCUACAAGAAGUUCGAUCUCACGUAAUUCAGCUCAAUCAAGUCCAUUACAAAGAUCAUCUGUUAUCACUUUUACAGGUAAAUCAUCAGCUUCGUCAUCUCCUUCUCUCUCAAUUACUUCAUCUCCAGAGCGAUCAAGUCAAGAUGUUUGUGCUUUAGACAGCAAAGGUGCUAAUGAUGUAUCAAUGAAAGUUAAUUCGUUGACUAUCAACAGUUAUGAUCCAGAUUGUUUGCCAGUUUACCAGAAUUUAGUCAAGAAGCAACAACCAAAACCAUUGUGUUCACAUGUAACAUUAUCUUCAUCUUCAUCAGCCUCAUCAUCAACAACUACCAAACCAAUAUCACCAUUCUCAGUCAACACACCAGAAAUAGCACCAAUUAAAAAAUCAACAGAACCACCACUUUUAUCAUCAUCAUCGUCGUCAAUUCAAAAUCAAAUGAAAACACCUGAACCAAGUCUAUGUAAACAAAUGAAAUACUGGGUAACUGAAGAGAUUGAUAAAAAAAUUGAUAACUUUGUAAAACCAACUACUUCAACCUUACCAUCUACAUCCACCUCAUCAUCAUUAUCAUCUUCACAAUCGGAAUCAUCUAAAGCAGUUAGUUUGAAUGUUUUCCAUCAUAUAAUUGACUCUUAUUUCACUCGAAUCAACAUGAGAAACGAAAAGCACAUGGCAACAUUAGCGCUGAACUCAAUGGAAGAGACUCGACUAAUAGAACUUACCUUGGCCUAUGGAGUUUUUAACGAACCUUUGGCUUGUCCAACUACUACUGCAGAAAGUUUGAUUGAUGAUUGUUACAAUGUUUCGGUCGGUUAUUUACUCUCCAUGACCAAGAAGUUAACCGCAUACGCUGAGCUUCCCGUCGAAGAUCAAAUGAAUUUAAUUCGAGGUACUUAUGCCGAUAUAUUGGCGAUGAGAGGCAUCUUCUUAUUUGAUGUAGAAAAUUUACUUUGGCCGAUAAAAGGAACCAAAAUGACAGUUAAAUUCGAAGACAUAGAGCGAUUUGACAAAUCGUUUUACGAGGAUUAUCUUGAGUUUGCGAGAACUCUUAGUCCAAUUUGGAGAAACAAUGUAAUCAUCAACCAACUCAUUAUUGUUAUAAUGCUGUUCAAUUGUAACCUACCAAAUCUCAAGUCACCGGAGGCAAUAAGAUUGGAGUACUGUGCUUACAUUUAUUUACUUCAACGUUAUUUGGAAUCAAGUCUUAAUUUUAGUGAUCAACCAAAGGAAACUCUUUGCCAUAUUCUUGGUAAAAUUAACCGAAUGCAGUCAAUCAAUGGCAAUUUAGUUCGACUAUCAAUCAAAGAUCAACCUCUAGCUGAUAUUAAAAUUGUCGGUUCAUCUUCACUUCUUACUCCAGAUUGAGAAAUUAAAAUGCUGAUCAAAUAAAAUUAGCGCCAUUUUCUACUGAUUUAAUUGUUAAUCGGAUUAAAAAUUAUAGAUAGAUCAUUUGUUCCAUUCCAAAUAACCUAUUCAAUAUUUUAUAUAAUUAUGUUGAAAUAAAUAAUGUAUAAAUCGAUGCUAAAUCCAAAUUAGACUGUUUAUGAGUUAUGUUUAUGACUCUUCAGAUUUGUGAAUGAGCUUUCAUCAAAAUCUAUUAAAUUAAUAAAAUAGAAAAAAAUAAAAACCUGCACUAUGCUGUAGUUACUCAUAAAUAAAAUGACUAUCUGCGAAAGC